AUGGCACCUGCGUACAAUGGCAUGGCACAUGCACAUGUUGACGUGGCACUUGUGUCCAAUGACACAAAAUGCAUGCACAUAGGCAUGCCAUGUACACAAGAAGGUGCAACAAUGUUUUGAACGAUUAUGACAUGGCAAAAGUCAUGUGAGCAGAUGAUGAUGUCAUGAGGAUGCCAUCAUCCAAAGGAGGAGCAGAGGAUGUCACUACCUUGACAUCAACUGGAGUGAGAACACUUAGUCCCAUACCAGAAAUAAAAGGAAUGUUUCCUAGGGACCAUCUAUAAAGAGGGACCUCUAGCCUAAUGUAUGCUUCACUUUUGGUUAUCAAGAAUAUCCAUAUUGGUCAUACAUGAGUUUGUUGGAGAUUUGAGUGCUAAACACCUAACAAGAAUUUCAUGUAGAGUGAUCUACUUGUCACAAUGUAUGUUAGCAAUUAUCACGUGUUGUGGGUAUGCAACAACAAGUACUAUCUCUUGUAGGUAGAAGAGAUGGCAUCAGGGAGGGAGGGGGGUGGCCGUUAACGUGACUUAGUCGUUGUAUAUUAAAUCACGCAAAUUUAAAAUUUAUAAAACUAGAAAAUAUAAUUUUUUAUAUAUUUAGAAGUAUUUCUGAACAAAUAUAUCAAUUAUAAUUCAAUAAAACUUCCAAAAAUAGCGUUAAUUUUCUAGGUCAAUUACAGCGAUGUAAUAUAAUAUCUGGCAAUUAUUUAGAAUUUUCUGCAAAGAAUACUAUUUUCUAUGAAUUUUAUACUAGGAAAUGAAAAGGAAAUAUAUUUAAAAUUCACAAAAAAAAGGAAAUAGGGGUGUGGACGUCAAGAUGAUGUCAGCACCUGACGAACGCGAAUCGGGCGAAAAUAGAGUUUCGCCCAGUGAUUCUUACGUAAGCGAUUACAGACGAUUUAAUUGAUCAAAUUAAGAUCUAUAAAAGCCGGAAGAAUCGUAAUGAAAUGAAGUAUAUCUGGGUAAAUUUAAAAUUAACAAAUUAUCACUACAUGAAGCGUAAAGUAAGUUGAAAGUAGGAAAACAAAGUUUCGGCGUCGCGGCGGCAAUGCGUCGGUGAUGCACCGGAGUUCUGAGUGUUCGGGAGGAUUGUCGUGCAGUGUCCACGGCCUCGAAGGCUCUCCUUGGACAAAGACGACGUGGACAAGCUCUAGAUCUCCUUGCAAAGUCUAGAGAUUAAUGAAAUGGGUCGUCGAAUCGUCUCCGGCGGCUGUCACCCGGCAGAGUGAAAAAAUAGUGACUUUGCGGCUCUCUAGCGGCUGUCACCCGAUAGAGAGGAGCUGGAUGGAGGUGGGGCGCGUGUUAGGGAGCUUCAUCCUCAGGUCCGCGCAGCAAGAGGAGGCUCUUCAUCGCAUCUGGUACGCUCUCAGGAGGUGGCGACUUGUCUCCUGGCGGAUCGUCCUCUUCCCGACGAUGGCUUGUUCGUCGAUCAAUCGGAGAUGAUUUACUCGAUGGAUUUGUGAUCCUUUUAUCGCGAAUCGUUCAGCAAUUUUAGUAGCAAUGCUCCGCGAAUCGCAUUGACGAGAUUUUCGCCGAUGAUCCAGCGAUUCUCAUUGCUUAAUCCUUCAUCGGCGAUCUGCAGGAAAGUCACAAUAAUCAGAUAAAAAUAUAUGACUUUUGACUCUGGGAGGAUUCGAACCCGCGCCGGUUGUCCGCCCCUUCUGAGGAAGGUGUGACACGGGUUUAGUCCCACAUCGGUUGUGCACCGAUUUUUCGGGUGAAUAUAUAGUGAUGUUACAUUUCUAAGCAAAGUUCCUUCUCUCGCGUGUACGACCACUCCUUGCCCCACAGCCGGCUGGCCACCGAUGACAUGGAAGGGGAGUGGCGCACACGUGCCCCUAUCUGUCCAAGCCGCUCAAGCCCCUGCUCGCGGCUACUCCCCGACUGAGCUUCCGACCCACUUGCGGGCCCGGCUGGCCGGCGGGUCCCCCUCAUUUUGUCUUAUUUCUUUUUCUUCAUUUAUCUCAAAAGCAAGACUGUAAAAAUCAUAUAAAUUCAUGUAAAAUCACAUAAUUACCUAAAAAUUCACAUUAAUCAACUGAAAACCACUUUUCACACUUUAACACAAAUAUAAGUCUAUUUAUCAUGAGUUAAGGCUAAAACUAUAUUAUUUACUAAUUAUUAACUCAUGAUAAUGAAGACUUAUCACCUAGCGAACACAAAUCAGGCAGAAAUAGAGUUCCGCCCGACGAUUCUUACGUAAGCGAUUACAUACGAUUUAAUUGAUCAAAUUAAGAUCUAUAAAAGCCGGAAGAAUCGUAAUGGAAUGAAGUAUAUCUUGGUAAAUUUAAAAUCAAUAAAUUAUCACUAAAUAAAAUGGAAAUUAAGUUGAAAACAGGAAAACAGAGUUCCGGCAUUGCGGCGGCGAUGCGUCGAUGAUGCACCGAAAUCCUGAGCAUUCGGGAGGACCGUCAUGCAGUGUCCACAGCCUCAAAGGCUCUCCUUGGACAAAGACGACGUGGGAAAUCUCUAG